AUGAGAACAACAACAACAACAACGACGACGACAACGACGGCAACAAUGCCAAUUCCGACAACAUUAGCUUCACCAAUUAUCCGUCCUGUCAACACGAUUCCUCGCGUCCAUCCCCAGCCGACUGUUCAAGAAGUUACGAAAGAUUCCCGAAAUUACAACAAUAACAAUCAUGAUCGAACGAGAACGACUGCAUCGACAAAUAUUCGCGCAAAAGUCUCAAAAUCGUGGGAAAGAGAUGAACAGGAUGAGAGAAAGUGGAUGACAACAACUCCAAAAAUUCCUGAUGGACCUCGACAAACGUUUGUCGAGUUUCGACCACAGGAACGAUUGCUGCGUUCUUCAUGUCCGGAUGCGAUGCAACGCUGUGAAGCCGAUGGUGGAUGUCGAUGGCAUGUGGCUGAGUUGAGUGUUCGGUGUCGAUCGGACACUUGCAAGAGACAGGAAUGUUCGAUGGCUCUGCAACGAUUCGCUUCAUAUGUGCCACGGCCACUCUCCGAGCCGCUCAUGUUUUGUCAUUGUGCGGCACACGAUGAGCGAUGUCUUCAACAACAGAGUCUUUUCUACCCGAAAUGCUUGUAUAUGCCGGCGGAAACCCCACGAACUUGUUCACAAUUGGUUAUCGAGUGUUCGAUGUCUGUUCGCUGCAACCAAUUGCGCACGUCGAUCGCGAGUGUUUGUCCGGUUACAAAAGGCAUUUGCGCAACGGAUAAUUUAGAUCAUUGCAGACAAACCCUUCUCUAUUCCCGUGGUUCACUUCUCGAAGCUCCAUGCUUUUGUGCAAUCUCUGAUAUUGAAUGUUUGAAGCAUCAAAACGCAAUGAUACCUAACAAUCCCUGUAUAGAAAAAGCGAUGAUGGAUUAUUCGAAAUUGAUGGGAUACAUGUCACCAUCAAAUAAAAUGUACACAGAAACAAAUCGAGUGAUUGUGCAAGAAAAAGAGGAAAGAAAUCUACAGGAUGAAUUUGAAAUGGCGAGGAGACGAAAUGAAACAAAUCGACAAGUGAAAUUGAAACCGACAAAGGCACCACCGAGAACCACAGCAAAAGUGAUGAGUAAAGAAGAGGAAGAAGAAAAAGAAAAAGAAGAAGAAGAAGAAGAAGAAGAAGAAGAAAUGGCUGUACAAAAACCACCAACACAACAUCCACACAGAAAAGCUCCUAAAACCACACCCGCUUUGGAGCUGUUUGAGGAGAUUUAUGUGACAAAAGCCGAUACUCAACUUGAUCCAACGAAUAUCGAUUGGAUAAAAAAUAAGCAUAAUCUCUGGAAACCAAUCGUGCAAGAAAAAGAAGAAGAGAAACGAGAAAAUGAAAUGAAUGAUCGGGAAAAGGAAAGAGAAAAACAACGAUUGAGAACACAACAAAGAUUGGAACAGAUGAGAGCGAAUGAAAAUAAGAAGAAAGCUCAAAAUGAGGAGAUCGAUCGGAAGAAAAAAGACGAUGAGAGCGAGAAUUCGAUGGACACUUUUCUCAAGCAGAAAUCAGACAAAGAUAAACGAGUGAAAGAAAAAGGAGAACCAGUGAAAGGAAGUGAUGAUGAAGAGGUUGUUGUCAAGGAUGCUGAAAAACUUCAAAAAACGAUCGUUCGCCAGAAAUCUCAACGAUCCACCACAGCGGCGCCAAUACUCAACCAUCUAUUCACGAGCUCUGAAAUGCCUCCAUGGGUCUCAUCAACUGCAACAACUCAACCGAAACCCACCGAAUACAUGACAAUAGCUGCGCCCGUUAAUGAAGAUAAAUGCUCGAUAAAGGACGCGAAUGGAAAAGAGCUUUAUGUGCACGUUGGAUCGAUUAUAAGAAGAAAUCUCGAUUGGGCUGGUCGGUGUUCAUCGUGGUGUGAAUGCGUGAAUGUCGAGGAAAUGAUUUGUGAGCGAUUACCGUGUCACGCGGAUAUCCCAUGCGAGGCACCAUUGACAAAUAUGGAUUUCGGUGAACGGCUUUAUCUACAAGGACGAGGGGCAUGCAUGUGUGAGAGUGGAGUUUUUGUAUGCGAUACUCCGGAACAAUUGCCGGAACUUCAAUCGGGACUUUAUAUUCUUGCAGGAUAUUCAUUGGCCGAUCUUGAGAUGCUUCGGAAGGAAAUACCGCAAGAGGUAUUGAGUCGAGCUGGUCUCCUUUCAACAGACGUCGGUAAAGAUAUCGCAUCACAAUUACAAUGGGCAUUGGAAAGAAGAUUGCCUGAGGAAAUGAAGUGUCGAAUCGUUAUGUUAGAAAAGUAUUCGUAUGAUGGAAAUGCUUUUUAUCAAAUCGAAUAUUUUGGGAAUAAUAUUUUCCAAAAUGAUACAAGAAAUAUUUGGAGAUCUGAUGGAAUGGAGAAGAUGUGCUCUCCAUACGUGCGUCAAUUGGUUGAGGGAUUUGCACUGAAUGAAAGCCCGCGUUUCCAAUUGAUUCUUUCAUCCGUCAGGCAGUUGAGAUUGGUGGAUUUGUUGGACGAUCUAUGUUUCGGCAAGAACACGACCACUUUCCUUCGCUCAGAAGGUAUGCAAUUAGUCGAAUUUCCCAUUGAAACAAUCGACAACUCGACCCUCAAUCAAUGCGCUGAGGCUUGUAUUAAAAAAGCAAAGAGUUCUCCAUGCGCUUCAUUCAUCUAUGAUCCAAUGAAACAGAAAUGUUCACUUCAUGAAGUAAACGGGCAACCAUUUGGCGCCUCAAUUCUUGCUCGAGCAACCCAUGGCACCUCGACAUCAUUCUUUCAACACAUUUGUGUUCAGAAAGAAGCUCUUUGUUCAACUCCAUAUGCUUUCGAGCGCUAUCCGCAACAAGUUCUAUUCGGUCAUGCAAUGGAGGUUCAACAAACGGGCGGUCUCUCAGAAUGUCUCUCGAUUUGUCUCACAUCCGAUAGUCUUCUCAAUGUGCCUUGUCGAUCGGUGAUGUACUACUACGAGACGGGUGAAUGCAUUAUGAAUCGAGAGACUCGCGGAGAUCAUCCAGAUCUUUUCGUCUCCGCUCCACACGAUGCAAUUGUCGAUUAUUUUGAGAACAAUUGUCACAAUGCUGAAUGCCAAGACGGAUCAACUGUGCAUUGGAUUCGAUCCGAGGAAUUUCAAAUCUCUCCUCAAAAAGAUGUGAUCGUCGAGGCGGAGAGUCAAGAGGAAUGUCGACAAAUCUGCAACCAAAACCAAGUCGCUGGCGAGAAAUUCCCGUGUCGGGGUUUCGUCUAUUCAUCCACGCAAAAAGAGUGUCAUUUGUCGGCGGAAAGUGGCUUCAAUCGAAGAGUGAAACAAGGGGAUUUGAGUCCGAUCAAUGGUGGAGAAUAUUAUGAGAAAAAUUGUUUACAAUCCGAUUUGCUAUGCGGAGAAGCGGCUUUCGAACAAGUGGCGAAUAAACGCUUGAACGGAUCAUCAUUCGUUGAAAGAUCACCAUCGGUUCGACGAUGUCUUGAACAUUGUUUGAAGCAAGGCGACAAAUGUGCAUCGAUUUCUUACGAUUACGAUAAGGAAGAGUGCUGGUCGAGUCCCGACUCUCGUCUCACUCAACCCGAUCAAUAUGACACUGUGGAGAAUGUCGAUUAUUUUGAUAAAGUUUGCGAUAAUGUCCCCAAUCCAAAAGGGAAAUCGAAACGGGGAUAUCACGGAAUAGCGACAGAUGUGCGGAAUGACGAAGAUCCACCAGUCACACCGACUCCACUCCCAGAUUUGGAUGAUGAUGGGAAAGAUCAAAUACCCACAUCAUUCCCAAUUCUUUCACUUAAUCUAAGUCGACAUCGGACACGACUAUUUGAGGCAUCAACUUUCCCUAAACUUAUUGAAACGAGUGAGGAAACGAAUGAGGAAACGAUUCAUUAUGACGAUCAUAAAAUCAAUAAAAACAUCUAUACGUCAACGAUUUCAUCUGAGGAGUUCACAAAUACGAUGAAUGUACUUGACGAUCUUGAGCCAAGUCGAGAAUUUGUAGCGGCAGAUGAUCCGAAUGCUGUGAAAACAAAGCUUCGAACCGAGUGUCGUCUCUCGGAGAUCAGCGUCUCGCUUACAUUCAAUCGACCCACAUCUGGCGCUAUUUUCAUAAAGGAUCACUUCUCAACUUGCCGUUUUGAAUUCCGAGAAAACGACUAUGCUGUUUUAUCAAUUCCCUAUCCGAAUCGAGAUGAUGAAAAUCCGAAAUGUCCUGGAUUUGAAUUGGAGCCAGACAUUUGGUCAUUUGUGGUCGUUGUUCAAAAGAAUCAAAUGGAAGUUCCAUCUUUGAUGACAGCCGCCGACAAAACAUUCAAUGUCACCUGUGAUUACUCCAAUGUCGAUUGGCAUUCAUCCGACGCAGCAGCAACCACAGCCGCUUCCUCGAGUUCGGAUCUUCCUGAUGAUCUCAUUGAUGUCAGCGGAGAAGAUUCAACUCUAUACACAUCAACACGAAGCACUCCAUCCGAGAAAAUCCGAAUGUUGAUCCUGAAAGACGGACAAACUGUUUCCGCUGUGCAAUUGGGGGAACUUGUAGAAUUGAAAUGGGAAAUCACUGAUCGUCGUCAAGGAGUCGGGUAUUUUGUGAGUGAUUGUGUGGCAGAGAGGAUGGGCGGCCUUCCACCAUCACCACAACCAUUGUCCAUCAUUCAACACGGCUGUCCUGAUUCAAAAGUGGUGAAUCGUUUGAUGGAGGGGAUUGUCGAGCAACUACCUGAUGGAUUUAGUGCAAAGAUGAAGGUAUUUCGUUUUGAUGGAUCAAGAAGGGUUCGUUUAAGAUGCACGAUUGAUGUUUGUGUUGAUGAAUGUCCACCGGUUGAAUGUGAUGGUUUCGAUUCGGAAAUAAAAAGCUACGGGAAAAGAAAGAAAAGACAAACGAUGGGUGAAUUGUCGACGAUGAUGAGGAGGUUGAAACCGAAUUUUCGAUUGGAUGACACGACGAUGAAAACGACGACUACGAGAGUGCCCAAAUUCACGGAAAUGAUGAUGGUCGAAGAAGAGAAACGAAAAACCACGAACACAAUAACAGGGAUCUUGACUGUGAUCGAUCCACCAUUGUAUGAUGAAGAUGGAAAUCCCCAACAAGCACAUUCACCUAAUAAUCAACCAUUGUUUCUAUCGGGAUCUCAUCAAGUGAUUUGCGUGUUUCGCCCGAUUUUCAUCUCCGUUUCACUUCUUCUUUUCCUAUUAUUCAUCAUUCAAACACUCAUCAUUGGGAGAUUUGUGUCUCGACACAUUUUACAAAGAACAGAAGAAUCUCUUUAUGGAAGCUCAACCUCGUGUAAUCGUUCCUCGCAAAGUGGUCUUUUGAUUGGAGACACGGAUUCGACACGGAGUAUCUCACCGCUUGUUUUCCCGAAAACCCCGCAAAUUCAACCACCGCCGAGACCUGCAAAGCGUCGACUCGAUUGUCUCGAUGAGCGUUUCCUGAAUAUCCCUUCUUCAUCACCAUUCCCCCCUCGUCCUCCACUUCCUUUACAUACAGAUAUUCAUGGUUACACUGUGCCAAUUAGACCAAGGCAUUCCUGGGAACUCGACUCAAGUUUA